AUGUGGGGAGAGGAUGACGCUGGAAAAGUGUUAAAAGAAUUGUCUACUGCUAUUAAAAAUGGAAGUACUCAAGACGAAGAUUCAUGCAAGAACAUCGUAGGAGCGAAGGGUACAGCGUCGGAAUCAGAAAAAAAAGCAUGCAACCUUAUUGUAAAAGGAUUAAAACAUAUAUACAAUAUUAAGCUCGAAUAUGACGAAAAUAAUCAAAAGAAUCCUGUUCAGAACCAACAAUUUCAGCAAAGCAUGGCAUGUCUCCUCUUAAAUAAAUACGCAGAGCAGCUAAAAACCAAGGCAAAAGAGAAAAAAUGUGAAAUAGAGAAAGGCAUAAAACAUGUCUUUGAUAAUAGUGAAGAAAUUAAAAAUAAAGAACCUUUAUGUCAGGAGAAGAAUAAUACAUGUUAUUUAUGCAAACAGGAGCACUACAAAAGUUGCACAGUAGAGGGAAAGAAUGUUGAAGAUGAAUUGAAUAAGAUGCUCAAAUCGAAGGAAGGCGAAAUACAACAAACUCUAACUAACAUAUGUCCAACCAUUCUUCCCAUCGAAUCUUCCACCCAACCACACUCCCAACAUGACCACCAAGCUGCCAAACCAGCCGCCACUAAACCACGAGUACCAGCACCUGGACAUGCACUAAUACCAAGCCAGUCAACAGUACCUACGAAAGAAGGUAAGAAUAAGGAUAAGGAUGAGGAAAAUGAAUGUAAAAACAGUGCCAAAGAGAUCAAUGCCCUGCAAGGUUCCGGCGGCUACUUUGGAAUGCUUCGUAAGACAAGAAAACGUUACAGAAGAGCUUAUCAGGUACGUGGUCCAACUGUACAAGAAGAACUCCUUGGUCAUGUGGACGACCAGGCAGAUGGCCCACAUGCAUAUACCUUAGUAAAGGAACGCAAACCUCGUUCUACGCCUAAAAAAAGAAGGAAAAAACGGGUUCCUGUUCGUCGUCGCCGCAUGAUUAUUGAUAUUCAUUUAGAAGUCUUAGACGAAUGUCAAAAAGGCGACACCAAACUGCUUCAGGAGGACUUUUUUGAAAUUUUGGUUCAAGAAUUCAUGCGAAGCGAAUUUGUGAAAGAAGAAAAGGUUCCUAAGGAUCAAACGCCUAAGGAACAGGUUGCAUGUUCAGAUUCCGGGUUUAGGGAAGGAAGACUUUGUUCCUAUGGAAGAUAUUCCUACGGAAUAAAUUGCUAA